GACUUGCUUGGUAACGGCAUCGAGUUGUGGUUUGAGAUUCACUCUGGGAUCGCCAUCAUGACCAUGUGCUUGUUCAAACUGCGAAAGGCCACUGCGCGCAUCCACAGGUUCACUAACAGGGGCAAGGAAAAAAUGGUUGCCCAUUAUUCGUAUCAGUGGAACUUGAUGGAAAGACAUAGGCGCAUCUCUGGAGUUAAUCGUUACUAUGUGUUAAAGGGUUUGGAGAACAUUGAUUAAGGAACCAUUUUCCUGAUGGAUGAAAAAUAACUCAGUUACGCUCGUCUACCCCUGCUAGAAGGUUAUGCAGUGUAUUGUGUAGCAUGCCCUGUAUUUUAUAGUGUGUGAUAAAAAUAAAACAAAAAAGUAGGGACUUCCCUGGUGGCGCAGUGGUUCAGAAUCCACCUGCCAAUGCAGGGGACGUGAGUUCCAGCCCUGGUCUGGGAAGAUCCCACGUGCUGCGAAGCAACUAAGCCCGUGCGCCACAACUACUGAGCAUGUGCUCUAGAGCCCUUGCACCACAACUACAGGGCCUGUGCUCUAGAGCCUGCAAGCCAUAGCUACUGAGCCCACAUGCCACAACUACUGAGCCCACAUGCCACAACAACUGAAGCCCAUGCACCUAGAGCCUGUGCUCCGCAACAAGAAGCUAGAAGCUCGUA